CAACGUCUCCCUUGUUUUGCCCCAGCAGAACCGAGAGGCAGAGUUUGGUAUGAUACCAUGGAAGGGCAGCACAACCAUCCUCAUCAUCUCGGGGACCAGAACAACCCUCUGUGCAAGCUGCCGGGGCAGGAAUUCCAGCAUGAUCCUCAGAGACAUUUAACGUCGUACCCGUAUCGCUGCACCUUGGCAGAUUUUCAGAUCGAGAAGAAGAUCGGACGCGGCCAGUUCAGCGAAGUUUACAAAGCAACUUGUCUUCUGGACAGGAAACCUGUGGCACUGAAGAAAGUGCAGAUUUUUGAAAUGAUGGAUGCCAAGGCAAGGCAAGAUUGCAUUAAAGAAAUUGACCUCUUGAAGCAACUGAACCACCCCAACAUAAUCAAGUAUUUGGAUUCUUUCAUUGAAGACAAUGAACUCAACAUUGUCCUGGAGCUGGCUGAUGCUGGGGAUCUCUCUCAGAUGAUUAAGUAUUUUAAAAAGCAGAAACGGUUAAUCCCGGAAAGGACGGUGUGGAAAUAUUUUGUGCAGUUAUGCAGUGCAGUGGAACACAUGCACUCCCGCAGGGUGAUGCACAGAGACAUAAAACCAGCCAACGUGUUUAUAACAGCCACAGGGGUGGUGAAGCUGGGAGAUCUUGGAUUAGGCCGGUUUUUUAGUUCUAAAACCACUGCAGCACAUUCCUUAGUGGGAACUCCCUACUAUAUGUCCCCAGAGCGAAUACACGAGAACGGCUAUAACUUUAAGUCUGAUAUCUGGUCUUUGGGCUGUUUAUUGUACGAGAUGGCAGCUCUGCAAAGUCCCUUCUAUGGAGAUAAAAUGAACCUGUUUUCUCUUUGCCAAAAAAUAGAGCAAUGUGACUACCCACCUCUUCCAGCUGAACAUUAUUCUGAAAAGCUGCGGGAGCUGGUCAGCAUGUGCAUAUACCCCGACCCAGAUCAAAGGCCUGACAUCGGUUACGUGCACCAAAUAGCCAAACAAAUGCACGUGUGGACCUCGAGCACAUGAGCGCCGUGGCCAGGGAGCCAGCACAGCUCAGUCUUACUUGAAUUCUUUUCUCAGCUGAAAGCGACUGGUGCCAGGUCACACAGGUGGGAGGUUGAGCACUCGCAGCAGAGGCUCCAUCAUUUGCAGGUUAUUUGACAAGGACUCUUACAGGUGGUCGUGCUUUAACAUGAAGAUUCUGUGAGGUAUUGCAAAUGAUUCUUUUUAUUUUUUAUUUUUAAGGCCAAUAAUGUUACGGAUGUAGAUCAUUUAAGGGUCCUUUCUUAAAACUGUCGUGUGUAAUCUAGGAUAGCAGCUAUUACCGAGGGCUCAGCGUUUGCCAGACCUUCUAUCUUAACUGUAAUGUGAAAUACUGAAAUAAUUCCUUCAGUGAAAUCACUUUAUACUAAUGUAAGGAUUACCAUAGAUGUUGUGUAAUUUGUAUAACUGCUACUUUGCCUCUUCUGCAAAUGGUUACUAGCAAAUUCAGUUUUUACUUGGUAUAUUUUAAAGCAGCCAUUUAUGUUUUUAUUAAUUUCCUCCUCUUCAGACUUAGGAACUGGGAAGGGUUGGGGGGUGGGAAACCCUUUUGUUUCAUGAUUUCUUUUUUUUUUUAAAUUGAAAAAUUAAGAGUAUUUUGCUGAUGCAUUUCUCUGUCAGAGAUGAGUUAAACAUGAACCUGGGAAAAGAAGAUAAACAUGCCAAGCAAAUCCCUACAAGCCUUGCUCCUGCAGAGAAUUGCUCCUUUCCCUCAUUUUUCCCUUCUGGAAUGGUUCUUUACCUCCAGGUUCUUGUUUAAAACCAGUGUUUAUCAAAGCAAACUCAUUUUUGGUGCAGAGACUUUUACAUGUUCAAUAGUACAUCAGGUACUAUCGGUGGAACUUCAGCAGUGUUUUAAACACCUGGAAAUUUUUAAAAAAUAAAUGCUUUGUGUAUGGAAUUCUGCAUAGGAUCAGCCCCUUCUCUCAAACUGUGAAAGCUCAUUACAGAAUGUGAAUGUUUAUAAAAUCUCAACCUGAUCUGAUGGAGUCAUCGUCUUUAACUGCAUGAAAAUUGUCAACCAGCUAAAUUUGUUCAUUGAAUCAAUGAUUUGUUUCAUUUACUGUCAAUGGAAAUACUCACUGCUUUAGGAACAGCCGUGGAUUCACGUUCCAGUGUCUCCAUUCCAUGUGCCUGUCAGGAGGAGCAGGGCUGCACUCGGUGCUCCAGAGGAAAUCCUUCAGCCUGUGCUGCUCCAGUGCCGCUUCCAUGUGGGACAGGGGCUUGUGCCAAUGUAUACAUUUGUGUGUGACAGUUCAAAUGCAGCCUGUGCCUGUUCUGGUGGUUGUUUUUUUUUUUUUUUU